GGAGGUGGUAGGGGACGCGCCGCCACCACCAUCACCGCCUGGCCAUAAGGAUUGUCUGUGGUUUGUUUGUUGCCUUGGUUUGCGUGUCAUUGCAAAGAGGCUUAUUGCCUUGGUCUGCUUCUUACCUUGAUAUUUGUGUCACUGCAAGGGAGUUUCUUUCCCUGCUUUGUUUUACCGUGAUGGCGUCACAGCAAGGGAACCAUUACCACCUUGAUUUCAUUCUUACCUUGAUCUGCGCGUCACUACACUACAACUUAUUACCGUGAUUUCUUUCAGUUCUUGAUCUCUGCGUCACUGCAAGGGAACUCUUCAUCCUUGAUCCACCUCAGCCCUGAUUGCGUCAUGGCAGUUAAGGGAACUCUGUAUCCUUGAUUCACCUCUGCCUAGAUCUCUGCAUCAUUACAAAGGAACUCAUCCUUGACUUGCCUUUUAUCGAAGAUAACUCUUCAUAGACAUAGAUGAUUCCUAGGAUGAGGCCCUAGUGUUAUUCUUGCUUAUUUUAUUUCUUUUUUUUUCAAGUUGUACAAUUGUAUCUUUCGUAGGCAUGUUAAACGUGUUGGUGACUGGGUAGAGUUGUGGGUUGGUGAGCUUGUGUACCAGUAGAUACAUCCAACCAACCAACUUCCACUCUUUCAAGUAGGGAACAAGAAAAGUUACCCUUUAGACCAAAAAAGUUGUGUGCUCUUGUAAGCAGCAUCUUCCCAGAGGUGUGGCAGGAUAAUGUAACCAUAACAGCUGUCCUCCCCAUCAGCAGGCAGCAGCAGCAGCCAUGGUAUCUUUCCACAUGGUGGGGCGAGCGGCUCCACAGGUGAGGGCGGUAGUGACCCAGCCCUGCAGCAGGAGGGCCUUGGUGCUUCCCAUGGUUCACCCGGGCCAGGUGAGGCUGAUCCACUGUGACCCCUUUUGGCAAGAGCCAUUCUCCCAGAUGGAGUAGUUCAUGAGGGACAUGGAGAGGACGUUCAAGAGAGACAUUGAGGACACCCUAGGAACCUUUGCCAAGAAUUUUCCAGGAAUUCAGCUGCCCAUGUUGAGUGUAAUGGCCAGGGCAGUGCAUCCCACCUCUGGACAGAUGGAAAACGUAUCAACCCCUGAGAAACACAAGCUGAACUUCUACUUCAUGAGUGCCAAGCCUGAGGACAUCAAGGUGGGGUUCCUUGACAUUGACAUCUGUGGGCCGUCUCAGCCGCGGGUGUUGGGGACAGCAGAGGAGAAGGUCCACUCUUCAGGUGUUGGCUGGUCCCCUGUGUAUGUGUCUGACAAUCUGGCUGUCAUGUCCGUUGGGUUCCUGCUCAACAGUGCAGACGACGCUGUCAUCUGGAAGGGACCCAAGAAAGAUGUGAUUGAUGAGGUAGUGUUUAAGCAUGUAGCUGUGGAUGAAGUGGCUCUGCUGGAUGUGAGGAAGGAAAUAACAUUCUGCAGGAAAGUGAACAUUCCCAUCAUUGGCCUGGUGGAGAACAUGACCACCUUUGUGUGCCCCAAGUGUAAGACCAAGACGGCCAUCUUCCCUGCCACUACUGGGUGUGACCCCCAGCUGGCAGAGGAUACUGAGAUGCCACUGCUUGGCCAGCUGCCGCUGGACCCCUGGGUGGCCCAGGCGUGUGAUGAAGGCACCAACAUUCCGACACGAGCCAGAUGCUGCUGUCACUCAGGCAUACAAAGACAUUGCAAACAAAAUCAAGGAGUACUGUGACGCACAGUCCCAAGAAGCCACUUGACCUGCAGCGGUAGCAGCAGCAGCAGCAGCAGUAGCAGUCAUCACCACACUAACCAACACAUUCUACAGAAAAGUCUUGUUAUUCAUGCAGAGGUUUA